AUGUCCCUGCUCCCGACUGAAGGAGAUGAUCUGUGUGAGACAGAUGUCACCACCGUGGCCAUACACAGUGUGACACUGCUCAUUGGCCUCUGUGGGCUGGCUGGGAACGGAGCUGUCAUCGGCCUCCUCAACCUAGAAAUCCGUAACUAUGGCAUUUUUAAGCUGGCUGUCAUUGACUUCCUCUUCCUCCUCUUUGUGGUCCCCUCGGCCCUCCUCUUCCUGGUGGAGGACGUGUCCUGCUCUCCUAUCCUGCCCCUGCUGUACCUGAACUUCCUUUUCCAGCUGUCAGUGGUCUCCUACUACUAUGCACUGCUCCGGCUGAUACCCGGUGGCACUGUGCAGUGCAUGUCCAGGCUCUGCAAGCUCUGCUGCCACUGGGACCUUCCUGAGCGCCUGUUGUGGGUGGUGGACAGUGUCCAAUACUGGGCCUCCUUUGCUCUCUUCACUGUCAUGCCGGCAGUGACAUUCCUGUGCCCAUCACACGAGCAGGAACACUGCAGGGCAGCUCUCAUCUCCAUGAACACCAUCAUCCUGCUCCUCUUUGUUGCACCCGUGGUCAUUUCCAGCACAAUCGAUUUCAUUAAGGCCAAGUGGGGCUCCCAGCAGCAGCAACCCAAGAGGCGCGACAUCGUUAUCUUCAUCAUUGUGCUCCUCACUCUCCUUUUCCUCCUCUGGAAUUUCCUGCAGGAUCUUGGUUACAUCGCUGUGCCCUCCCAGGUUGUUUUCCUGCUCGCCAGCAUCAACAGCAGCAUCAAACCCUUCAUCUACUUCUUGGCAGGGACGUGCUGGAGGCCCUGCUCCAUGGGGUCCCUCCGACUCUCUCUCCAGAGGGUUUUUGAGGAGCAGAAAAAGAAAAGUGCACGCAGAGAAAAGGCCACCAGGGACACGGGGGUCUGAGACUGUUGAUUCCUCCCACUGCACUGCUGAGGGACCCUAGGACCAUGGCUGAGGAUUUCCUUGAGUCACCUGAUGAAUAAAUAUCCACAGGAUCGC